AUGAACGUUGAGCCGUCUACCAGCUCACCUUUAAGCACUCCCAUCAACACUAAGCUUAUGACUAUGUCUCAGCCCGACACACCGUUUGCCAGCACCAAGGACCAACUGCGUGGGAAAGCUGGCCCCAUAUCACACUCACCAAUCCUGCGACAUCGUGCCCGAUCACUAUCAAGCGGCCUUCCCCCACGUGGUCUCGUCGCAUCGCGGGUCAAUACCAUCAACAUGGUUAGCCCACUGACUGAUGUAGACGUCUCCGCUCACAGUGACCGCGACACAUUCCCAUCUCAGGCAAAACCCUCUCCACCGACGUCAACGCCUCACUAUCGCCCCGGUGCACGCUCGGCUCAUAGUUCCCCGCUGAAGCGCAAAUGCAAGAUCGACGACUUCGCACUUCCGCCGCUCCCGCCGACCGUGUCCGCAAACGAAGUUGCUCAGGACGACAUUCUAGCUGCAUGGGACCUCGUCACAUCUAGUAACAAAGGCAUUGUCCAGAGCGAGGCCUCGAACAACGAGCCCUUCAAAUCCUUAGACGACUCAACAGCGGGUAGUACACCAUUUCACCGUGACCAUCGACGAAACAAAACAAGCUUAUCACAGGUGGUCCCGCGCAGUGACCCACUAAAGGGAACUGCAUACGGCACGGCAUCGUUUCGUGCAACAGCAGGACAGUAUAGCCAUUGGCCGACAGACUCACACCAUACUUCCUCUCCAGACGACUACUCAGGUGUGGAUGUGUUCAGCUGCGACACGUUUCCUGAGGUGCGUGCUACGAAACGAAAGUCGCUGCCAGGCUACAGCAGUACAACCUCCACCAUGGAGUCAGGCAGGUCGGAAGAAUUCCACGAUUACACCCUAUCACCAAGGAUGACAGCGGACGAAUCUUCUCCGGGAGCUGGAGCAAGAUCCUCAGCGGCUGAGCCAUAUUUGACGCUUCGUAGGGUCGAGAAGUUCAACGACACCGAGAGCUUCAACACCCACACAAGCCCCUUCUCACAAUAUGAAUAUGCGCUCUCGCUCUCAGACAUGGAUACCGACGAUGUUCGCGAAAUCUACCCAUUGGAAGCCUUUACCCAAGCAAGCGCUCAAGAUGGCUGCGCUAUCCAAGACUGGGCAUCCCAAUGGCCAUCGGAGCAGCCUGUGAAGAAACUCCUCCGCUUUGCUUCCCGACCAGACUUUGCACCCUCCAUGCACUAUGAGUCAGAGUCGGAUGACUAUCCUUCUCUGCAGAACCUCCUCGAUUUGGACGAGCAUGGUCCUGAGCCACGAAAGAGUCCGCUCAGUGCUGUGAAUGUCCCCGGUCAGGCACAGGAUGAUGGGCUUACGACCCUCGCACCAGUUUCCUAUUACCCGGGUGUUGGAUCAGAGAUGACUAUCCUUCUCCCGCGAACGUACAAUGCGACUUCCGACGACGAUGAAAUGACUCUUCCUUCACGCACAUACAAUGCGACUAGUAGCGAUGAAAUUAUGUGUCUCCUCCCGCUGACGUACGAUGCGAAUUCUGUGAGCGCACUGGAGAACGCGUCGACAAUCAAGCGGAAGCCGAUACUGCGAAAGGCCAAAGACGGGUCGCUUCGAUCUUCUGCACCGUCCCCCAGCUCUUCAAACUGGGUGGUGCAUGACGGAUACGAUAGCGAGGAGGAUCUCUGGACGAAACCCUGCAGCGGCGUUCCGAUGAAUACGGAAGCCUCGGACCUUCACCGCAGUAAUAGCUUCGAUGACCGCGACCCCGACGUGGAGUCAAUUCAUAUUGAGAAGAGACACAAACGCAAUGGCUUGAAGACCACACAUGAGCAAACCGCGAACUCUGCCGGCAACUUCAUUGGGCCGUGCUCAACUGCAGAUGUUAUCAAAGAACCCGCACCUUUUGGCUCGAUCACCCGUCGUCCACUCCCGACCAUCAGUCAUGUUCUCAAUCCUCCACUCCCAACUAACACCGGUGUUUUGAACCUCGACUUCCAGUUCCUGACUCGAAUUCCGUGGCAGCAGCAGCAGCGCGGUGUCAGCAUGCCCGUAUUUCCUGCACCUUCUGCUGCGCGUGCUCAGGGAACGAAACAUACGCGACGUAAAUCCUUUGGGAAGUUGCUUGGUGCUUUCGGCAAGAAGGGCCCGGAGCCUGCAGCGGUAGAGGCGAAAGAGAAGCCAAAGAAGUCGCUCAGUCGGCGCAUUAGUAGGAGAUUCUCGUCGAUGUGGGCGAAGUAA